AUGACAGUGCCAGCCCCGCUUCACACAUGUCUUGUCGCAUCUUUCUCCUCAGCGGUAACCAUCAUCGUACUUCUUCUCCUCAUCCGCCCGGGUUAUGACAACAUAAUCACCACCGUCGUUGAUCGCGUACGGGCCCCGCCUUCGGCCGACGUCAGCCAUUGUCCUCGGCCGAAAGAGUGUCCCGCCCUCACGCCGUCGCAAGAGCUCUCCCCAACCAAGUUUGUCAAAGAUCCAUGGAUGCAUCCGAUAUACAGCCGAAAGGGCAUUUCCAACCAGACAGCUUUUUGGGAUUCGCUGCUUACACCAAAUGGAGGUUUCCUAAUGGUCGACUUGGGCGACCAUAGAAACCAUAGUGUGGGGGUGUCCAUGUUUCAUCAGCUGCACUGCUUAAGCAUAGUUCGAAGCGUGGUGGUGGGCGGGGGCAUGCACAAACAUCCCAAUGACGGCGGAGGAAACAGCGCCAUGGAAGACGAUCAACACUUUAUGCACUGCUUCGACUACAUCGUUCAGGCCAUCCUGUGCUCAGCUGAUGAUGCUUUGGAAAACUCAGUUAACAUACUGGACGGUGAGGGCGGGGAGGAGGACGGAAUCAACGGAAUGGGGCAGACACACAAGUGUCGCAAUGCCACAAUGCUCUAUGACUACGUGCUGCAGUCCGUGCAGGUCCCCAUAAAGCCAGCCUCGCUUGGGAAAUAUUCUGUAUUCUUAUGA